AAAGGGUGCGAGAAGGGAAGAAGAUGAAUGGGAAAAGGGAAGUGUCGCGAACGGUGCUGAUAACAGGUGCGAGCAAAGGCCUUGGCAGAGCCUUAGCCCUAGAAUUGGCCAAUCGAGGUCAUAUCAUAAUCGGCUGUUCCCGUGCUCACGAUAAGCUCACUUCCCUCCAACCACAUCUCUCUAACACUGACAACCAUUUCUUCCUUCAUGCCGACGUCAAGUCGAAUAACAGUGUCGAAGAAUUGGCACGAAUUGUUAUGGAGAAAAAGGGCGUUCCUGAUAUUAUAGUAAAUAAUGCAGGAACCAUUAAUAAAAACAACAAGAUUUGGGAAGUUCCAGCGGAAGAGUUUGAUACAGUGAUUGAUACGAACUUAAAAGGGACUGCGAAUGUGUUGAGGCAUUUCAUCCCUCUAAUGAUCACCAAGAAGCAAGGAAUCAUUGUCAAUGUGUCUUCUGGAUGGGGAAGAUCUGGUGCUGCACUGGUUGCACCUUAUUGUGCUUCAAAAUGGGCCGUUGAAGGUUUGACAAGGUCAGUGGCAAAAGAGUUGCCUGAAGGAAUGGCAGUUGUGGCUCUUAAUCCAGGUGUAAUCAACACUGACAUGCUUGCAUCAUGCUUUGGUAAUUCUGCUGCUCUAUAUCAAACGCCUGAAUCAUGGGCUUUGAAGGCUGCAACCAUGAUACUCAAUCUCACAGCAGCAGAUAAUGGUGCAUCUCUCACUGUCUGAGAUAAAGGGGAAGAGAGCAACCUCCCAAGUUAAGCGAAGCAUGGACGAUUUACUUCACAUGGGCUUGGAUAAGUGCUUCAUCAAAUCCAAUUCUUUUAUAUUGUCUGUGUUUUUUUCCAUUUUCUUGAUGGCAUAUAUCCAAGCGGGAAAAUUUUGGUUGGUUAAAUGGUUGUAGCAUGAUAUUCGUAGAUGCCAAUUUGGUUAGUAUUCGCUCUGUUAUUGCUUUUUUGAGAAAA